AUGGCCACCAACGACUUGAUUUGUAUAAUGUCUUUAGGCGAGAAGGCCAUAUUCUUGAAGCGAUGCUCGACAACGAGGUUUUAUGAACUGAAAUUUGAUGUGGCUGAAAGACCGAAUGUACCUGAAGAAGCUUUAUCCUUGAUAUAUAAAUCUGAGAGGCACCCCAACCUGAGUUUUUUAGUUGAUAAUGAAGAUGACUUGAAGUGCAUGUUGGAGUACAAUCAAAAUGUUCAACCUGAAAUCCACCCAAAAGAUGUGCAAAAGGACUUCCUCACUCGAUAUGGAUUGAGACUUGAAUAUAGUAAGAUAUGGUGGGGCAAAGAAAGAGCGCAAAAGGCUAUGUACGGUGAUAGUUAUGAGGCUUACGAUCAAUUAAGAUGGUAUGAGCAAAAGGUGAAGGAAACGAAUCCAGGAAGCUACAUUUGUAUUAACCAGAAUGAAGGAAAGUUCAGAAGACUGUACAAAGGUAUGCUCCUGAGCUCCAUAGAAUAUGAUAGAGACCAAGGGAUAUUUUCACUUGCAUAUUGCAUAUGUGACCAGGAGAAUGUUGAUAAUUGGAGAUGGUUCCUUCAAGGCCUGUGGUCCAUGCUAUCAAAGCUAAAGGCUUUGGGGAUGAAGGCAAAGGACACACAAGUUUUUGGGAAUUUGCUCCAAUCAGCUUGCUAUAGAUACAUUGUUGCGGAAUGGAAUGACUACAUGAAGGAUAUAUAUGAGAUGUCUCCAGCUACAUAUGAGAUUGCAAUUAACUACUCGCCAGAGCAUUGGGCAAAUGCAUUCUUUCCUGGCAUUAGAUACUGCACUCAAUCAUUCUGA